CUCUUAUAUCUUAUUAUAUCUUAUUAUCAGAAUAAGAAUAACAAAAAAAAAAAAGUGUUCGGUUUCCUCAACGAAAAUAUAACAUAAAACAAUGGGGAAUUCCAAGGGAUGCAUUGUGGCAUUGUGUGUGGUGUUUCUAACCUUGAGGACCCUUGUCCUCCAUGCUGAUGGUGCCCGCGCCGGCGGCGCCGUUCCCGCUGCCGGAGGCGCCGACGGUGCCCCUGCCGCUGCCGGCGGCGGCGGCGGCAAUAAUGCUUACUGCGCCCUCGCCUUUGACAAAGUUCGAUGCGAGAAAGUGACGAAAACCGCCACAGAUUGGGAUCAGGCAAUGACUUUGGUUCUAAAAGACGCAUCGAAACACUGUGAAAAUGUGAUCCGUGAGAGCAAAAAGGAGACGACUCUGAGUGAUACCCCCUGCGCUGAGACCUACACAAACAUUCAAGCCAGAUUGAAGGAAUGCGUGGAUUUGGUGAGCAAAGCCGACAAAAGUGAUGAAGUAAACUUCAAAAUCUCGGCGGCAAUUACCGGGCUCGAAGAUUGCAAGAAUAAACUUCAAGAUGAUAGAGACGACGAGACUCCAUUCUAUGCCCUCAAUCGUCAUUUCAAUCACGCCCUCAAAAUCUGCUUGGCUGUUGAUAAAGCUAGACAUGAGGCGCAGUGAAGAAAUUCAUAUAUAUCAUCAGAUCUGAUCUUUAUUAUAUCGACAAAAAAAAUAAAAGUUAGGUAUAGUAUUUGUUAUUUUUUAUUUUAGGUUAAUUCUAAUAAUGUAUUGAUGUAAGAAGCUAUUUCAGACCCAAUAAUAAAAGUUCUUGGCAACAACGUACGUGUUGCCCUUUAUGAAAUAUAUAAGUUUGC